CGACCUACAUCCACAUCCAUCCAUAUCCUCAACCUUCUACUCCUCCCCUACUCAGAACCCGGACUCCUAGCUCAUAAUCAGAAAUACCACGAGACUCAUUCCCGCCUAUCAUAAUGUCGGAAGGAAAGAAGAUCACCUACGCCGACUUGGCAGAGCUCUUGAAAGAUGACAACAAGGUCAAGGUCGGAGGUGUGGAUGUCGACGGCGUGAUUCGAGGGAAAUACGUGUCCAAGAAGAAGUUUAUGAGCUCGGCCAAACCCGAUGCCGACUUUGGAUUCUGCUCGGUCGUCUUCGGCUGGGAUAUUCACGACACUCCCUACUUUAAAGAACUCUCCAUCUCGAAUCGGGCCAACGGGUACCAAGACAUCGUCGCCAAGAUCGACCUUUCCACAUACCGUCGUCUUCCCUGGGAGAACAACGUGCCCUUCUUCCUGAUAUCAUUCUCUCAUCCCGAGGAUGGAAAGCCGCUUAUCGCAUGUGCGAGGAGUAUCCUGAACGAGGUGGUCGGGCGGUUCGAGAAGGGGGAGCAGAAGCUGGAAUGUCUUGCCGGGGCAGAGUUUGAGUACUUCCAAUUCUCCGAGACUGCUCACUCGGUAGUCGAGAAGGGGCAUGUCAACCUGAACGCACUGACUCCCGGUAUGCACGGGUACUCGAUGUUGCGGACGACCAUGAACAAGGACUAUUUCCUCGAGCUGUUCGACGCCUCUGAAGCCUUCGGUGUCGAGAUCGAAGGUCACCACACCGAAACUGGACCAGGAGUGUAUGAAACCGCUUUGGCCUAUACCGAAGCGAGGAGGAUGGCCGAUAACGCGGUGCUGUUCAAAUUGCUCGCCAAGAGUGUGGGAAUUAAGUACGGAAUCAUGCCGACUUUUAUGGCAAAACCUUGGGCGGAUCUGCCGGGAUGCUCUGGCCACAUUCACGUAUCCCUUAAGGACCCCAAGACGGGCAAGAACGUCUUUGCCAUCACCGAGGAAGAGGCCAAGGCGGGCGGGCGGAAAGAUGCGCUGUUUGAAGAUACCAAGUACCUCUCCCAGAUCGGAGAGUGGUUCUUGGCCGGGAUCAUGACCGGUCUGCCUGACAUCAUGCCCCUACUUUGCCCUACGAUCAACUCGUACAAGCGACUCGUUGGAGGAGAGGCCUUCUAUGCACCCAACCUAUGUUCUUAUGGGUACGACUCUCGAGUGGCUUCGGUCCGAAUCUUGGCUCCUCCAGGUGCUCCCAGUUACGCGACGAGGUUCGAAGUCCGAGUACCUGGUGCGGACAUGAACGCCCCUCUGGCCUUUGCUGCCAUCUUUGCUCUGGGCCACUACGGAAUUCAAAACAAGCUCAAACUGCCAUAUGGUCCGAUCGGGGCACCGGGAGUGACCAGGGAGAACUUGCCCAAGUUGCCUACUUCCCUCGAGACCGCAACUGAGAGGUUCAUGGCAAAGGACAGCAUCGCCAGAAAGGUAUUCAGCGAUGGCACGGUCGAUCAUAUUGGAGGAACCAGGCUCCACGAGGUCGACGUUUUCAAGCAGACCGUAACGGAUUGGGAGAUGAAGCGGUACAUGGAGCUGAUCUAAGCGGAGUAACGGGCGGGA